CAGUGGAGUAGAGGCCGCACCUGGGGUUUGCUAACCUGACUCCCUCUCCCACUCCCCCUUUGGGCGCCAAACGCCGCGAGCGGGAGGACGGGGGCCGGGCGGGGACAGGGGCAUCUGUGUAGCUGGGCCGCGAGGUCGCGCCCAGCCUGCGCCGCCCCCACCCGGCCCCGGCCCGGCCUGGCCCGAUCCCAUCCCAUCCCCUCCGUUCCCUGUCUCCUCCCGGUCUGACCCAUUGCCCGGCCGUGGUACGCUACACGAGACCUCCAGACCUCCAGAGCUGAGGUUUCUCCUCCAGCCCGGGCUCGCCUUCACUUUAGAGAUAUUUGGUCUCUUCUCUCCCAAGCAGCCCGCCUUCAAAACUGGGACUCUUGGACUGGCACCUGACGCUCUUUCCCUCUGCUAAGACUUCACUUCCCCGUAACCCACUUCUUCCUCAGAUACUUGGUUCCCGCUGGGUUGGAGACAGCUCUCUUUCCUUCCAAACUCCCCCCACCCUCCGAAAUAUUAACAACCUUGACAACUCCCUCAACUGAGAAGCCAGACUUCCUUUUGGACUCAUCUCGAUAGCCCUAUCAUGGAGGCUGUGUACCUGGUAGUGAAUGGAGUGGGCCUGGUGCUGGACGUGCUGACCUUGGUGUUGGACCUCAACUUCCUGCUGGUGUCCUCCCUCCUGGCUUCCCUGGCCUGGCUCUUGGCCUUCAUCUACAACCUUCCGCACACGGUACUGACUAGUCUUCUGCACUUGGGCCGCGGAGUCCUGCUUUCACUGCUGGCCUUGAUCGAAGCCUUGGUUCGGUUCACCUGUGGGGGCUUGCAGGCCUUGUGUACUUUGCUCUGUAGCUGCUGCUCUGGCCUGGAGAGCCUAAAGCUCCUAGGGCACCUGGUCUCUCAUGGGGCACUGCGGAGCCGGGAGAUACUGCACCGAGGUGUCCUCAAUGUGGCCUCCAGUGGCCAUGCUUUGCUGCGCCAGGCCUGUGACAUCUGUGCCAUUGCCAUGAGCCUGGUGGCUUAUGUGAUCAACAGCCUGGUCAACAUCUGCCUCAUUGGCACUCAGAACCUCUUCUCCCUGGUGCUGGCCCUGUGGGAUGCAGUGAUGGGGCCUCUGUGGAGGAUGACGGACGUGGUGGCUGCCUUUCUAGCCCACAUUUCCAGCAGUGCUGUGGCCAUGGCUAUCCUUCUUUGGACCCCCUGCCAACUAGCUCUGGAGCUGCUGGCCUCAUCUGCCCGCCUCCUGGCCGGCUUUGUGCUUGUCAAUCUCACUGGCCUGGUGUUGCUGGCUUGCGUGCUGGCAGUGACAGUGAUCGUGUUGCAUCCGGACCUCACCCUGAGGCUGGCCACCUGGGCACUCAGUCAGCUCCAUGCCCGGCCAUCCUACCACCGGCUCCGAGAGGAUGUUGUGCGGCUGUCUCGCCUAGCACUGGGUUUGGAGUCCUGGCGCCGAGUGUGGAGUCGAAGCCUGCAGCUGGCAAGCUGGCCAAACCGGGGAGGGACACCUGGAAUUCCCCAAGGUGGACGUAGGAGGAUGUUCUCAGCCAGGACCCAGGCACAGGACACUCUGCCUGGAGCAGGGCCCAGGUCAGAGGCAGAAGAGGAGGUCAGGACCGUCAGAGCAACACCUGCCUGGGGCCGAGAGAGGCUCAAUGAGGAGGAGCCUACAGCUGGGCAAGACCCAUGGAAGUUGCUGAAGGAGCAAGAGGAGCGGAAGAAGUGUGUCAUCUGCCAGGACCAGAGCAAGACGGUUCUGCUUCUGCCCUGCCGGCACCUAUGUCUGUGCCAGGCCUGUACUGAAAUCUUGAUGCGCCACCCCAUCUAUCACCGCAACUGUCCGCUCUGCCGCCGGGGCAUCCUGCAGACCCUCAAUGUCUACCUCUGAAAACUCCCUCCCUGCCUGCCCACUCCUUCAUGAUCCACACAGGCACCUGUGCUAGGACAGCACUAACACCUCAUUUCCAGUUCCUGGCCUGAAUCCCCUCCUGUCCGCAUGGCUGUCACUCCAAGCCUCCAAGCCAUACAUGAGACAUUGAGAUGGAAUUCUCUGGAAGACUGCGGUCUGGGUGGGGGCAGGGUAACAUAGCUUCUCCUUACCCAGUGGGUCCUUUUGAUGCUGAGGGUGGUGAGUAUGUCACUAUGCAAGGGCCCUGAGACUGCCGUGGGCUCUCCUCCAGCCUACCCUGGGCCCACCCAGAUGCCAGCCUCUGGGGCUACCUCUCUCUGCUUCUGGUUUUUCUUUCUUUCUUUUUUUUUAAAAAGAUGACCAGUAAGGGGAUCUUAACCCUUGACUUGGUGUUGUCAGCACCAUGCUCACCCAUUGAGCUAACCGGCCAUCCCUAUAUGGGUUCCGAACCCGGGGCCUUGGUGUUAUCAGCACCGCACUCUCUUGAGUGAGCCACAGGUUGGCCCUGCUUCUGGUUUUUCUUUUGGGGAUUUGUAUGUCCUUUCCCUGCCUUCUUCCCAUUUUCUCCCCAGCUUCUGCAGCCACAACACAUAGGUGUUAUUUGGGUGUUUUGGCAACUCAAGGACCUUGGAAUGAUCUUGAACCUUUGUGUUCAGCCAGAGCCCCUGUACCCUGGUAAUUUUGGGGGUAAGAUCUCGCAGGUGCUCUCAGUGCCACUUCUGUCUGUCAUGAUCUUAUGAGGUUCCCUCCCAACUUGAUCCAAAAGCUGGAAUCAGGAGUUUACCCCUGGAGGGGUGCAUCUACACCUGGCUUUGGGACCAUGUACCCUCCAGCACCCCAGCUCCAUUGGGAGCCUCAGGAGGGAUAACCAGAUUUCUACUCAUUCCCCUUUCAUGCCCCACAUCACGUAGAAAAAUGGCAUUUAUCUUCUGUUUGUCUCUCCCUGGCAUUGGAGAGGGCAGACUGCACAUUUCACUAGGGUCCAAACAGAAGGGGCCAGGCCUGGGGACAUGCAGUUCCCUGAGGGGUCCAUCUGGCCCAGUUUCCAUUGAAUAAAGUUCU